AUGCUGGCAGAUACGUUGAAAUUCGCUGAUCUCUGUGUUCUUCUAUCGAAACUACGCGAUGUGAAAGGUGCUAGUGCGCCGGUUAUGCGGAAGAAACUUUUCGAAAAGUUCGUAGCCACUUGUGCAGAUAAGUGUGCGAACGGAGAGGAUCCUGACGCUGCAUUUCACCCGGUCCUUCGCCUUGUCCUUAGUAAAUUUGACACAAGAAGUUUGAAUAUCAAAGAGAAAAAAUUGGUCGAUCGUGUUUGUAAAGCUUUGGCUGUGUCAUCAACAGACAUUCGUGGAGCUAAUGUAUCGAAUGCAACGAAAGUAUGCGACAUUCUGGCAGCGGAAGUUUCGUCUCGAAUUGCACCGGAUGAUUUUGAACAUCUGUCGAUAGCGCAUAUCAAUGAGAAAUUGGAUCACAUGAGUGAAAGCUCUGAAGUUGAAGAUCUCCAGUUUCUUUUCACCAACUGUUCCAAAGAUGAGCUAUUCUGGUUGUUCAAUAUUAUGAUAAAAAAUGUUGAAUCAACAAUUGGAGUGGCAAGAAAUGUGAUUUUAUCCUGGCUUGGACCAGAAGCUGUAACUCGAUGGAAUGCAGCACGUGACCUGUCAGAAGUUGCCGACACUUCAAUAGAUGGUGAGCCGCGACUCGGCGCCAAUUUCCGACCGAUGCUGCUGGCGAGAUUGCCGAAAGAGGGCUGGUGGGAAGUGAUAAAAGAAAAUUGUGGCGAUGAGUUCUUCGUAGAAACAAAAUACGAUGGGGAACACGUGCUUUUGCAUAAGAUUGCUCGCGAUCAAUACAAGUGGUAUACCAGAAAUGGUAAAGACUUCACGAAGGAUUACGGCGGCUCGUCUUCACUAACAGACUUAGUUUCUGGAAGAAUUCAUCCAUUUUUUCGGUCGACAGUCACUGAUUGUAUUCUUGAUUGCGAGCUGAUGUUGUGGGACAAGAAACUGAAGAAACUCUGUCGUCGUCAGUUCAAAUCACAAAACUCUGAGCACCGGAGUCACUCUUUUCGUCAUAUCGAUCCAAGCGACAAUGUUCAACUUGCGGUAGUUAUCUUUGAUCUGCUCUAUCUAAAUGGAAAAUCUAUCAUGAAUGCACCACUUCAUCAACGUAUCCGUGCGUUAGAUGCGGCUAUACUGAAGGAUAACUCACCUAUUGACACAAUAGCAGUGGCGCCGAGAAAAACUGUUAGCACAAAAGAGGAAGUGGAGGAAUUGUAUUCGAAGGCAUUAGGUUCCGGUGAAGAAGGGAUUGUUGUGAAGCGAAAAGAUGUCACAUAUCAACCGGGGACCAGAAUGACGAAAAACGGCUGGUUCAAGCUAAAGGCAUAUCUCGGUGAUAACGAAUUGGAUUUGGCUGUAGUUGGUAUUGACAAAGGAAAAGACGGACGAGUCGCUUACCAGCUGGCGGUACGGGAUGGAGAAAAAUAUCAGACAAUUGCCAAUUGUGCGUCUGGUCUAAGCAAUGUGGAUCGGGAUUACAUCUUUGAUUUAUCUACACGAGCUGACGGACCACUAUUAAAGGAACCCCCUUCGGUUUUGCGUAGCUGGCAACUCACUGAUCCAAAAGGAGGAUUCAUCAGGAGGGAACAUUGGAUAGUCGUCGAAAUGACAGCUGCAGGUGUUCGGGAUGGGAAAUUCAUAGAUCCAGUCAUGAGAAGAAUCCGUUACGAUAAAGAUGUUGAGGAAGUGGACACGCUGCAAACAUUUAAAGAUUAUGAACAAAUCCUCUUGAACAGCAAGCUGUCGGACAAAAGUCCUGCAAAGGAAAAACCACGAAAGGUGACGAAAAGGAUGAUUGUAGAAGGAAGUGCUGUACCGGAAGUUGAUGCUAAACAGAUUCGAACCGAUUCUCCUUUGGUUGGUCGAACAAUCUGCGUCCUGUACGGAACAGAUGAACGACUAAGAAAACACCUAAUGGAAGUUCUUAAGACCUUCGGUGCCAAUGUGGUAGCAAAUCCGGUGGCAGACAUGAGCUUAGUUGUGGCUACAACCGACAAACAUCCGAAGACCAGAGCUCAGGUUGAAGCGGCUGAAACUACGGUACUACGUUCGAAAUGGGUGUUAAGAUGUGAGGAGGAGGGUCACGUAGUGCCAUGGACCGCUGAGGAAGUAUUGAACGAAGUUGAGGGAGGAUUUUGUAUAGUGUAG